UGGGGUAGGGGCAGAGAGAAAGGGGGACAGAGGAUUUGAAGCAGGCUGUACGAUGACAUCAGUGAGCCAGAUGCAGGGCUCGAACUCAUGAAUGUGGGAUUAUGACCUGAGCCAAAGUUGGACACUCAACUGACUGAGUCACCCAAGUGCCCUUGGGCUCCUGUUUUAAAUGAAGACAUGUUUUCUGAAAAAGAAACAUCCCCCCUGACACUAGGUCAGUGGGGAUAUAGAAUGACUUGGGGUGCAGAGGCUGGAACUUACUUAUCCAUUCUACUCUUGAUGGACAUCUGGGUUGAUUCCAAGUUUGAGCACCUAUAAACUACGCAAUGUAAAUAUCCUUGUUUACUUGGCCUGGUACACAUGUACAAAAGUGAAAUUGCUUAGUCAUUUUGAUGAGGGAGUGUAGGGCAAGCGGAGGGCAAAAUACAGGCUAACAGCACCCCCCACCCCAGGAAAAUAUGUGGGAUAUUGCUCGGACACUCCUGGCUACCCAAGAACAAAGCAAAGGGGUUUAAGUGCUUGCCAUGGUAAUGUGGGAAACUAAGGCAAAUGAAAAAUUGAAUUUCUUUACUGCCUACAGCCCACUGACAGGUCCUUGAAACCUGCAGAGUCACCUCCCUCUAGGAGCUCAGCUACCUCAGGAUGACACUUUGCUAGGGGCAAAAGAGAAUCUUAGCUUUACAUUAUCCCAACCUCAGGGAUCCUGUAAAUCUACUUCCUUUAUCUCAACUGCCCCAAAAUACAUGCUGGCAGUCAUGCUCCAAGCUUAUAGCCUCCUGAUGUGCAUAUGAAGGGUCUCAUGACUGAGGUUUUAUUAAACAGUAAUAAGUGGUGUUUCCCUGGCAACAGCUAGCCCCUCAAGGUCCUGGAAACCUUGUUCCCAAAAUACCUUAGAGACUUCAUCCCUCACCCCCUCCCAACCUGAGGGUAUAUAAUGAGUUACCCAUCACACCCCCAGUGCAGCCCUUUCUGCCCAUGGGUCUGUCCCCAUGCCUUAAUAAAAUCACCAUUUUUGCACCAAAGACAUCUUCAAGAAUUCUUUCUUGGCUGUUGGCUACAGACCCCAUGAACCCCCCCAUCACCCCAAAACUUCAUUAAUUUGGUAUGUGUAUUUUCAUCCUUAUUAACUAUCUCCACAUUGUUCUUGCAGAGUGGCUGUCCUGGUUUACAAUCCCAGACCAGGAUGGAUCUCCUUGCCUGGAUUCAAGUGCUCCCCUGUAGAGAGUGGGGGAAAAUAAGUGUUAGGAAGAACAAGGAAGUUUGGCAAGGAAAGGUCUUGGGUGCCAAUCCAAGGAGCUCAGACUUCAUUUGACUGCCCUGGAAAUCCUCUGGUGAUUUUGGAACAGAGAACAAAAUGCAAAAAUGCGGUUUUAGGAAGGUGACCCUUUAAAGCUGACAGUUGGUUUGUGUUGUGGGGAGAGUGGGGAUGGUCAUGGGGCUGGCUUAGGCCAGCAGCAGGACUCAAGUUCACAAGACAGAGAUUUGUGGGGUGAAUGUGCAAAGGGGGAACUGAGCAAAUGCCAUGGGACAAGAGAUCUGGACCAUACCAGCUCUACCAAUGCUUGUCCUUGAAUAAUCCCAUUAGACCAUUGCACACUGCUGGUGGGGGUAGGCUUACCACAUUCCUUCUGGAAAACACUGUGUCAUUAUUUAGCAAAGAUGAAGAUGCAGAUACCUAAUGAUCAGAAGUCCCAAAAUAUACCAAAACAAACAGGCAAACAAAACCACUUCGAGACGAGGGACUUCAGGAAGGAAGGAAUUUUCAACAAUGUCAAAGGUAACAGAGAGGCCCGUCAAGAAAAGCCCUGAAAAGCAUCCACAGACUUCGGCUAUCAGGAGUCUGAUGAUGAGUUUUGCCAGAGAAAUGUUUGUGACAUGGUAGGAACAAAAUGCAGAGCAGAGUGGUUUGAGGGCAGAGCAGAUGGUAGCAAAAGGUAACUGCGUGUGUGACGUGCUGUCAGGAUGGUUGGCUGAGCACAGACUCAGCACACAGGAACAUUUGGGAUGUGAUAAAAGCAGCAUUUCAAACUAGUGGAUAGAGGAUACAUAAUUUGACAAAUGGUGAUGUAACACAGGGGAACAAUAAUAAAGUUAAAUCCUUGUCUUACACCAUAUACUAAAUUCAAGUCAGACGGCUUUUAGAACUAGAUGGAAAUAUAGGUGUACUUAAACCUGGUGGUGGUUAAAGUGUUUCUGAGACUGGCAACAAAACUAAAACCUUAAAGGAAAAUAUGGAUAAAUUUGACCUCAUUAAAGCAUGCAUGCACACAUGUGCACUGGACCUCCUGGAAAAGAAGGAAAGGUCACUGACAAAAUUGAAUAACAAAUGACAAAUACAGAAAAAUAUUUACAAUAGAUGAUAAAUAAUUCUUAUGCAUAAAUAAGAAAAAAGAGAAACACACUGAUAUAAGCAUAACUAUGAGUAGCAAUUCACAAAAACUCCAAUUGUUUCAUAUUAGCUGCAAAAAAGUCAACCUCAGUAGGAAUCAAAAACUCUAGUUUGAGAUGAACUGAACUCUUACAUUUACUUCUCUUCCCUCCCUAAGUUCAUCUGAAAUUACUUUUUUUUUUCAAUGAAAUAAAGGAAAGAAAAGGGAAAAAAUUCCAAAGCAGUGCUGGAAAACAAGUAGAGUAGUUAUCCCUUACCCAUGGGGUACAUAUUCCAAGACCCCCAGUGGAGGCCUGAACUGCAGAUAGUACCAGGCCCUGUAUAUACUGUUUUUUCCUAUAUAUAACAUACCUAUGAUAAAGUUUAAUUUAUCAAUUAAGCACAGUAGGAUAUUAAUAACAAUAAUAAAAUAAGACAACUAUAGUAAUAUACUAUAAUGAAAGUCAUAUGAAUGUGGUCUUUCUCUCUCUCAAAAUAGCUUAUGGUAUGGUACUCACGCUUCUUCUUGUGAUGCUGUGAGAUGAUAACAGGCCCACGUGAUGAGAUGAAGUGAAGUGAAAGACGUAGGCACUGUGACAUACCGUUAGGCUACUUCUGACCUGCUGAUAAAGGAGGAUCACCUGCUUCUGGACCACAGAUGACUGCAGAAUUAAACCUGUCUACCCAGCACUGGAAGACUCCCUACCUACACAGUGAGAAUCUGCACUGGAGGUUUCCUGUGAAGAGAGGAGGAGAGGAGCACAACCUGGACUUGCUCUGAAGCAGGCAGUUCUCAGAAGGCUCUGAGUCAUGGCACAAACCCAUUCAUUCGCCCAAUCGCCUCCUCUAGUUAUGAAGGUGGAAGAAGAGAAGGCUGGGGUAGGGAAGCUGGACCCUACUAACUACAGGAGGAGAUGUCAGGAUCAGGAAGACUGCCGUUCCAUCCACAUUGGGCUUUCGGUCCCCAGUUACCCUCAAAGGAAAAGAGAUCAGCAAGGACGUCUUUCAGGACUGCAGAAGGUCUGCUGGGGCCUGCAGCCAGACAAGCCACAGCAGGAACUGACUGGCACAGGGAGCAGGGGAAGCAGCCGGGAUGGCAAUAUGGAUCGUGUCAUCAGGACCCGGUCUCCAGCUGCUGAGCAGCUCCAGGACAUCCUGGGGGAGGAAGAUGAGGCUCCCAACCCUACCCUCUUCACAGAGAUGGACACUCUGCAGCAUGACGGAGACCAGAUGGAGUGGAAGGAGUCAGCCAGGUGGAUAAAGUUUGAAGAAAAGGUAGAGGAAGGAGGCGAGCGCUGGAGCAAGCCCCAUGUGUCCACACUGUCGCUGCACAGCCUCUUCGAGCUCCGGACCUGCUUGCAGACGGGGACGGUGCUGCUGGAUUUGGACAGUGGCUCCUUACCACAGAUCAUAGAUGAUGUCAUCGAGAAGCAAAUUGAGGACGGCCUCCUGCGACCAGAGCUCCGGGAGAGGGUCAGCUAUGUCCUCCUGAGGAAACACCGUCACCAAACCAAAAAGCCCAUCCAUCGCUCCUUGGUUGACAUUGGAAAGUCCGUCUCUUCCACCACCAAUCGCAGCCCAGCCCGGAGCCCAGUGGCUGGUCCAAGCCUACACCACUCCACCGAGGACCUGAGGAUGCGGCAAAACGCCAAUUACGGAAGGCUGUGUCACGCCCAGAGCAGGAGCAUGAAUGAUAUUUCUCGCACCCCAAACACAGACCAGCGGAAAAACAAAUUCAUGAAGAAGAUCCCCAAGGACUCAGAAGCCUCCAAUGUACUCGUGGGUGAGGUGGACUUCCUGGACCAGCCAUUUAUUGCCUUUGUGCGUCUCAUCCAGUCAGCCAUGCUGGGAGGAGUGACUGAGGUCCCUGUCCCCACCAGAUUUCUGUUCAUAUUGCUUGGACCUUCUGGGAGAUCAAAAUCCUACAAUGAAAUUGGCCGUGCCAUUGCAACCCUCAUGGUAGACGAUCUCUUCAGUGACGUGGCCUAUAAAGCCCGAAAUCGGGAAGAUCUGAUAGCAGGGAUUGAUGAAUUUCUGGAUGAGGUCAUCGUCCUUCCCCCUGGAGAAUGGGACCCAAAUAUCCGAAUUGAGCCCCCCAAGAAAGUGCCCUCUGCUGAUAAGAGGAAAUCCGUGUUCUCCCUGACGGAGCUAGGCCAGAUGAACGGCUCUGUGGGCGGAGGCGGAGCGGUUGCUGGAGGCGGCGCGGGAGGCGGCGGCAGUGGCGGCGGGGCCGGCGGAGGGAGCAGCGGGGAGGACGGAGAGAUGCCAGCCAUGCACGAAAUCGGGGAAGAGCUUAUCUGGACGGGAAGGUUCUUCGGUGGCCUGCGUCUGGAUAUCAAGAGGAAGCUGCCCUGGUUCCUAAGUGAUUUCUACGAUGGCUUCCACAUUCAGUCCAUCUCUGCCAUCCUGUUCAUCUACCUCGGCUGUAUCACCAACGCAAUCACCUUUGGUGGGCUUCUGGGGGAUGCCACUGACAAUUAUCAGGGAGUGAUGGAGAGCUUCCUAGGCACUGCCAUGGCUGGCUCCUUGUUCUGCCUCUUCUCGGGACAGCCCCUCAUCAUCCUCAGCAGCACAGGGCCCAUCCUCAUCUUUGAGAAGCUCCUCUUCGACUUCAGCAAAGGCAAUGGCCUGGACUACAUGGAGUUCCGCCUCUGGAUUGGCCUACACUCAGCCAUCCAGUGCCUUAUCCUGGUGGCCACAGAUGCCAGCUUUAUCAUCAAGUAUAUCACCCGCUUCACCGAAGAGGGAUUCUCCACCCUCAUCAGCUUCAUCUUCAUCUAUGAUGCCAUCAAGAAGAUGAUCGGUGCCUUCAAGUACUAUCCCAUCAACAUGGACUUUAAGCCUGACUCCAUCACCACCUACAAAUGCGAGUGUGUCGCCCCUGACACAGCGAAUACAACCGUGUUCAAUGCUUCAGCCCUGCUGACGCCAAACACCAACACCUCUCUGUACAACCCCCUUAACCUCACAGCGCUGGACUGGUCCCUGCUGAGCAAGAAGGAGUGUCUGAACUACGGUGGGCAGCUGCUGGGGAAUUCCUGCCAGUUCAUCCCAGACCUGGCACUCAUGUCCUUCAUCCUUUUCUUUGGGACGUACUCCAUGACCCUGACCCUGAAGAAGUUCAAAUUCAGCCGCUAUUUCCCUACCAAGGUUCGGGCUCUGGUAGCAGACUUUUCCAUUAUCUUCUCCAUCCUGCUGUUCUGUGGAAUUGAUGCCUGUUUUGGUCUGGCAACCCCCAAGCUGCAUGUGCCCAGCGUCAUCAAGCCUACGCGGCCUGACCGAGGUUGGUUCGUGGCCCCCUUUGGGAAGAACCCGUGGUGGGUGUACCUGGCGAGCAUCCUGCCUGCCCUGCUGGUGACCAUCCUGAUCUUCAUGGACCAGCAGAUCACAGCCGUCAUAGUCAACCGGAAGGAGAACAAGCUGAGGAAGGCUGCUGGCUACCAUCUGGACCUGUUUUGGGUGGGCAUCCUCAUGGCCCUGUGCUCUUUCAUGGGGCUCCCCUGGUAUGUGGCAGCCACGGUCAUCUCCAUCGCCCACAUCGACAGCCUCAAGAUGGAGACGGAGACCAGUGCCCCUGGGGAGCAGCCCCAGUUUCUGGGGGUCAGGGAACAAAGAGUGACCGGCACCAUUGUCUUCAUCCUGACGGGCAUCUCUGUCUUCCUGGCUCCUAUCCUGAAGUACAUCCCCUUGCCCGUGCUGUAUGGAGUCUUCCUCUACAUGGGCGUGGCCUCCCUGAAUGGCAUCCAGUUCUGGGAACGCUGCAAGCUCUUCCUGAUGCCAGCCAAGCACCAGCCAGACCACGCCUUUCUGCGGCACGUGCCCCUGCGCCGAAUCCACCUCUUCACCCUGGUGCAAAUACUCUGCCUGGCGGUGCUCUGGAUCCUCAAGUCCACGAUGGCCGCCAUCAUCUUCCCGGUCAUGAUCCUGGGCCUCAUCAUCGUUCGAAGGCUUCUGGACCUCAUCUUCUCCCAGCAUGAUUUGGCCUGGAUUGACAAUAUCCUCCCAGAGAAAGAGAAGAAGGAGACGGAUAAGAAGAAGAAGAGAAGGAAAGGGGUCCCUGAGGACAGUGAUGAGGAGGAAAAAGAGCUUCCAGUUGGAGUUACUCAUUCUGAUUCUUCCUUCAGUGACUCAGACCUUGACCGAAGCAUCACUUUGCACUUCAGAAUUUCCUGUCCAGCUUCACCUGCUUUCAACUACUCACAGAGCCCAGUGUUCAUGGUGCCACAGGUGAAGAUAGAAAUGGAGUCAGACUGUGACUUCACAGAUGUGGACAGAUAUGGAAGAGAAACUGACGGCGAGACCACCCUCUAGGACGCAGCUUCCCCCAGAUGUGGUUUAAUCUUCACUGUGGAAGGACAUGGCUUAAUCUUCAUUGUGAGGCCAGGGCCAAAUCCCUGAACUUCCCUGUGCCGGUUUCCUUAUUUGCCAAACCGAGGGUCACUCCACUGGAUAAAAAACUGACCUGUGGGUGAAAAGUACUACUUAUGUGCAAAGCUAUCUCCUUUUUGCAGUUAUGAAAACAACAAAGGAAACAUACCUUAUUUUAAAAUGCCGUCCAGGAUAGAAAUUAUAACAUGUCUUGAAAUGAAAAAAAUGCUUGCCUCCCCAAAUUAUAGCUAGGAUAAAGGGGCAAUAGUAAAUUUUUAUUAAAACAAAUAUCAAUUAGAUUUUUUUUUAAGUUUAGAUUUUAAAGUAUCUAGAUGGUCUUGAAAGAACUAUUAAAAUGCUCACACUUCAGUACACCAACGUUGGAAAAUUUGUUUUGCAACUUGGCAUUGGGAAGAAAUAUUUCAAAGGUCCUAUCUUUCCCUAUCUCAUUCAGUUUUCAAAGGGUCAUUUGUCAAGUCUGAACCAUCUGCAUGCAUUGCGGCCUUGUUCCAGCACAGAAGUGUGACUGGAGCCUUCCCAGAUUGAAAAGCCAGUUGUGAAAGUCUGUUAAUGAAAGAACCAACACAUUAGAGUGGGUAAAUGUUUCUAAAAUAAAAUUGUUCUUGUUAAAGUGAAACUUCAAACCACAUGUUACAGCAACAAAAUGACCCUUUAAAUUAAUAGCACUGGUUUUUCACAUCCAGAAUAAGAUUUCUUUACACCUUCAGGGAGACUCUUCCUACAAGUUUUCAAUGGCCUGAUUCCCAAAGUCAAACUCCCAUCCACAUGACUGCUGCAUGUUAGGCAGAGCUAAUGUAAAAUAUUAAAUUAUAACUUUGCAGUAUUAGAUUACUACUUUAAAGGAAUGAUUAGAAGCCAAGUUGGAUAGAUUAAUGACGCAUUAGUAAAGAAGCAUAAAACUUACUAUCAGUCUGUCUUCAAUCCCCAUUUGACAAACAUCAACAUUGUUUAUUUAACACCUACUAUGUGCCUGAUAGCCGCAAUGCAUCUGACAUUUACUGUCUCCAAAACAACUAUGGAUUUGAAUUUCAAGUAAAUCUCUUUGGUUAGUCGCCACAUUUACUCAAGAUUACAAAUGCAGGUGCUUUUUUCUUUAGUCUUUUCUAUUUUUUAAAGACAAAUGACACUAGAUCAUUAACAUUUGGGUACUAGGACAGCUAAUUGCCUCUGCGAUCUUCAGAGCCUUGUACAGUGCCUGGUCCAUGGAAAAACUCUCAGUGUUUAUUAAAUCUCAGAGCUCCUUUCCAAGGGAUACUGCCAAGAGGUAAAGCUCUAAGCCUCUCCCACUUGAUCACAGCAGAAUGACUAAGCUGCUCACUAAUCCAGAACCAUCCCCUGAAUUUAAGUGCAAAUUCUGUAUCUUCAUCUGCACCAAUCCUGGAAGAGCUACAAUCUACCCUUAACAUCUAUUUUAAAACUUGGCUGAUUUCCAAUGGCACUUUGUCCAAAUUAAACUGUAGAAAUGUUAUGGAUUCCGGAGUAAAUGUGCUUGAUUAAUCAAACAAGUUGGAAAACUAUGAUGUUAGUUUUUUGUUGUUGUAAAUUGAUCACUAUAAUUUCCACCUUCUAUGUCAUUUAUAUUUUGUACACACAUGAACAUUGUAAUUUUGAUAGCUUUUAACAGGUUGACAUAUUGUUCUCCUUCCAGUAGGUCAGAACUAUUUUCCCAUUUGUAACUAUAAUUCAAUAAAACUUAAUCCUGUCUGCUCAUCUUGCAAACUAUCAUCUUCUUACAUCUCCAGAAAACUAUCAAA